CGCUUAAUCAUAAAGAGUAAUAACUCAAAAAUCAUGUUUUUUGAGAUUUAAUCAUAAAACGUAAUAACCCAAUAGUAUAAAUACGUACGCUCCGACUGCCGCUCGAUUACAAUAAGUGUGAGUGAAAUAAAGGUUCGUCCCUCUCUUUUUGAUUUACUCGCGCGGACAAGUUGCAACCAAUGAAAUGCUACAAUCAGUAUUGCGUCAGCGCUUACGCUAGGAGGACGAUCCGAACAACGCAAUAAAUUGAGUUAGAUCUGUUUAUUAUUAACAGUAUGGCGUCUUCAAGAGCAUGUCGAAUUAUGCAACUGCUAUCGAUCGAAAAUAAAACAAUAGAAGCCAGAAGUGAAGAUGAAGACGAGACACUGAAAAGCAACAUCGACAAUGUUCCCUCCGAAAAAAUAAGAUCUCAGUACAGUGAAAUGUUACAAGACAAAGAAAACUUAGAAGAAUCUUUAGAUAGCUGUGAUGACAUUCUAUCGGAUUACGAUAGUAAUAUAAAAUAUGAUCACCGAUUGAUCACUUCACGUAAAGUACAACCAAGCUGCAAAAAUAAAGAACAUGAAUUGAAAAUUUCCCAAGUUAGUCUUGUGCCGGCUUAUGAUAGUGAUGAUUCUUCUGAAGAUAACAGUUACAUAACUCGUGCUGCAACAGUCACUGAAAUCAGACAAAGUUUGCCAAAACCAAAUUCACCCUCUUCGAGCUCAAGUUCAUCUUCGUCCAGUACUUCGUCGUCAGAUUCCGACAGUUCCUUAUCGUCUGAAGGACCAAAAAGAUGUUCUCCGGAAUUAACUACUAAUACAAAUGAGUAUAGGAUUAUUGACUCGCAGGUAAUUGAACAAAAUCGUGGGACAUCAUCUAUAGAAACGGCACAAAGCGAUUCGAGCAAAAUGAUUUUAAGACAGCAAAACUUUAACACAUCCAAUAAUAUUUCACCCAUGUUUACUGACGAAAGUGAUAUUGACUUAAGUGAUGAUGACCCAAGUUUUGAUUACGAAAAAUUGAUUCAUAAUAAAAAGAAAAAGAACUACAUUUUUGAGUCUCACACUACAGAGUCUGACAGUGAUGGUAGUUCCCAGAUCAAUAUUAAUAAAAAAGGCCGUAAGCGCACAAGGAACCCUACAAAAUGGAAACAAAACCAAAUAAAAAAACUACGAAAUACUGGAGAAUCAUAUGUAUCAACAGCGAAAACCCAUAAAACUAUUCCUAGCCGGUGUCUUAAAAUCCCGUGCACAGAAAAGUGUAAAUUGAAAUGCACUGAAAACAUAUCUACUCCUGACAGAUAUGAUUUAUUCAAAGAAUUCUGGGAUCUAGGAGAUCUUAAUAAGCAGAGAGCUUACAUAUCCACUUGCAUGGUUGAUAUAGUACCUAAAUACAAGUAUACAAAUGCCGAAAAACCUCGGCGUCCUAAUAAGGCUUAUUAUUUUACAGUCAAUAAUAUAAAAAUUAGAGUUUGUAAAACAUUUUUUAAAUCUACCCUGGAUAUUACCGACCGCACAAUUUUUACUGUGCAAACCAGAGUAAGUGAACGUGGCUUUAUGCUUGAAGACAUGAGAGGCCGACACAAUAAACACAGGACUCUUAGUUCGGAACUAACUAGUGACAUAAGAAAACAUAUUCUAAGUAUCCCAAAAAUGGAAUCCCACUACGUACGAGCUAGUACUUCCAGACAAUUUAUUGAUGGUGGAAAAACAAUCAAAGACUUAUACAAGGACUUUGUAGAAGACCAAAAGAAAGAUUCCAAAGAGUUUGGCAAUUAUAUAGCAUAUUAUACAAUAUUCACAAAGGAAUUUAAUUUAAGUUUUUUUCAACCAAAAAAAGAUCAAUGUGAUCUAUGUUUAUCAUACAAAAAUUCUGUAGAAGAGAAAAAGAAAGAGCUAGAGGAAAAAUUUAACACACAUUUGGAAGAAAAAGCACUUAGUAGGCAUGAGAAGCAGGAAGAUCGAAGAGUGAUAAAUAAAAACAAUAAGGUCGUUAUAUAUGAUUUACAGGCAGUAUUACAGUGCCCAAGAGGCGAUAGCUCAUCGUUCUAUUAUAAGUCUAAACUAAAUAGCUACAAUUUAACUUUAACCGAAUUGACAACAGCUACAUCAAAAACGGCUUAUGACAAUGUACAUUGUUAUUUUUGGACAGAAUCAGACGCGAAACGUGGUGCAGUUGAAAUAGGAACUUGUGUUUUGAAAUAUCUUGAAAGACUUCGUGAGGAAGAUACAGAAGAAAAAAAUAUCAUAUUUUAUUCUGAUAACUGUUGUGGUCAUAAUAAAAAUAAAUAUAUCGCGACAUUAUAUUUAUUUGCCACACAAAAUUUUAAUAUAAACACAAUUACACACAAAUUCUUAAUUACUGGACAUACACAGAACGAAGCAGACAGUGUGCAUAGUUUAAUUGAGAAAGAAAUUAAAAAGAAUCUUAAAUCAGGGCCCAUUUACAGCCCUGAUCAGUACAUAGCAUUAAUAAAAAAUGCAAAGAAAUCCAAACCAGCCAUAAAUGUCCAUGAAUUAACAUUCGAGUCUUUUAUGGAUAUGAAACUCUUGCAGGAAGAAUGGGGUUAUAACUAUAACAUAGAUAUUGAGGGGCAAACGGUAAACUGGAAUAAUAUUAAAGUGUUGUUUAUGAAAAAGGAAUGCCCGUUUAGUAUAUUUUUUAAAACCUCUUACAAAGACAAUAAUUACCGAGAAAUAAAUGUCCGAAAUAAAAGAAAGAAAAUGAGUAUAUUAACACAAAUAACGCUGCAUAAAGCGUACACGCAAAGACAAGACAUAAGUGUGAAUAAAAAGAAAGAUUUAAAAGAUCUUAUAAAUAAAGGUUUGAUCCCACCUUUUUAUACUAAUUUUUAUAAUUCUAUUAUUAAUUGAUUGCUUUCAUUCAAUUCAGAUCUCAUUUAUGUGUGAUUAUUAUGAUUUAAUUGUGAUAUUAUUUGUUUAAAGUACUACUUACUUCAAAUCGUUAUUGUACUAAGUAGGUACUGUUUUAUAUUUGGUAUAAAAGACUGAUUACCUAUUGCCAAUUGUUUUAAUUACUGAUAGAAAGAUAAAACUGUUCCUUUUGUUAUUGAUGUUAAGUUGCUUUUAUUUUAUUAUUUUAAUGAAAGACCUAUUUGCUUCUUAUAAUU